AUGCGGCGCCCAUGGUUAUUCUUUGAAAAUGAGGAUGAAGAUAGCGAUGGGGUGGAGCCGAUCUCCAAGCGAAAGCUGGAGAAUAUCACAUGGGGGCUGGGACGAGUCGACCUCGAAGAAAGACAACUUCCAGACGUAUCUGAUCAAUUUGCCGAUGAUCUGAUGGAAAUGGACGGGGAUCCGACCGACGAGAGCAGUUCAGACGAGGCCGUUGAGCCUAUUAUCGAGGAGCCCGCGGACAGUUUCGACGGUACAUUCGAUUCGACACAAUGCUGCACCACCAGCUCCUCCGGUCUCUCCAUCCACCAAGCUUUCGAAGGGCUGAUUCGAUCGCCACAACCACCUUUUCCAUGGAGCCCGAGCAACGGUCAGGUCCAGCCGGGCGCCCUCGCCCUCUACCGCAACUUCCCGCGCAGCGAGGUCGAGAUUUCAGAACUUUCCGACGAAGAACUCGUCACGGACGAUGUUCCACAAGAAGGAAGAGUCGAAGAACCAGCUGACGAUGCUCAAUUCCCUACGGAUGCGAGUGUCUCUUCGCCACAACCCCGCGCUACUACACCAAUGGGCGACGAUGAUGGCGACGAGAUGGAGCUG